AUGGUGACCCGCGCCCGCGUCGCCGGCGCCGGGACGGGGAGGAGGAUUGCGGCGCUGCUGUGGUUCCAGGGGGAGGCCGACACCCUGCGGCGCGAGGACGCGCUGGCGUACGCCGGCAGGAUGGAGGCGUUUGUGCGGGACGUCCGCCGCGACCUCGCCUUGCCCAACCUCCUCGUCAUCCAGGUUGGGAUCGCGACGGCGCAGUGGCAGGGGAAUAAGCAGGGGAAGUGGCUGGACCUGGUGCGGAAGCAGCAGAGGGCGGUGCGGGUGGCGAACCUCAAGUACGUGGACGCCAUGGGGCUCCCCCUCGCCAACGACAUCACGCACCUCACCACCCAGGCCCAGGUCCGGCUCGGCAAGAUGCUUGCCGACGCGUACAUCGCCACGCUCUGA